GCAUUGUCUUCGCACUUAAGUCACCAAGGUCGCAAUUCGGUUUGGUCUACGGGAGACUACGUACCUUUGGACCAGCGAGUUGAAACCAAGCCAAGCCUCUGCACGGACCUCCAAGCAAGAUUGACCAAGUGGUAUACCAAGUUCAACUUGUUGGUCACUGUCAGUACUUGCUCAACUGCUCGCCUGGUGCCCAGCUUCAGUGACAGCAGCAUGUCAACUGAACGCGUAGUACGCGCCCGGGUUCCCUCCGAGAUCUGCGACAUGAUUAUCGACUACCUCCACGGCUCCACGGAAACCCUGUCUACCUGUGCUCUCGUUUGCAAGGCAUGGCUUCCCGCCGCUCGCAUGCACCGCUUCGAGACGCUCCAUAUUCCCCGGUCUCAAAGUCGUAGGCCCGCUCUCGCACUACUGUGUGACAACACAUCGAAUAUCCUUCCGUGCAUACGCCAUCUUUCCCUUGAAGAUGGCUGGAAAGGUUGGAAGCGCAAUGAUCCAUCGUGGCUCGACGAUGCGCUCCCGCGGAUGCGCUUGAGGGAGUUGAACAAUCUCCGGAGCCUCACGAUCCAUAGCCUUUCUUGGCGUGCGCUUUCCACGCGGGCGAGAGGGUGCUUGCUCUCUGUUCUGCCGCGGGUGACAUCCCUGUCUCUACCAUUGCUUGAAGGAGAUUUCUCGUUGGGUGUGUUCGAGAUUCUCUGUGCCGCAACCUCACUGGAAACUCUGGCUUUACUCAGGCCGAGGAUGACCGAUACGAUGGACCAGACGUCCUUCCUGGCUCGAUUCCCAGCAGCACCCAUUCUGCGCACUCUUAAGCGCAUGCAGGUGGAUGCAUCAAGUGUCCUCUUAAACCCCAUUCGCUGGGUCAACCCGGACCUACUAAUGACAGACCUCGAGUUGCAUGACGUUCUCGAGACAUCUGCGGUAGACGCGGCCUCGUUUCUGGCCUCAUGCGGGAAGGGGGUAAUUCACCUUUCCCUGCGAUUCAACCAUCUCAUGUUCUCAAGUCCGGAGGGUGUGUUCAUCCGUUCUGGGGGUCUAUCUCGCAACCCGUCUCUCCUCACGCUGAUCUCGUUGCUACACACACGUUCAUCAUACCCCUCCUCGACCAAGUCGCCUCUCCACGACUGCGUGCGGUCGUUCUCCAUAUGACGCCGCACACGCUUGUCACCCUCGGCUCUGACCUGCCAGCGGAGGCACUUGAGGCGCUCUUUACCUCCCGUUUCACUACUGCGACGCUCGAGAUU